AUUUCAGUUUUGCUAGUGGUAACAGUCAUUUAAAUAAAGCAUGUCUACAUAUCAGUUGGCUCCACGACGCCCUUUCAACAUUGAACUGGUGAUAAAAAUUCUCCAUGAGGUCAUGGAGACCCACCUAUCCACAGUAAAGUAUGAGCCUGCUGCCUGUCCACAGCUCUGUGCCCACAUCACAAGGAAUGUCAGGGAGAAAGUGAAGGCCAUGAAUUUUGACAGGUAUAAAAUAGUUGUAACAUGCAGCAUCUUCCAAAAGGAAAAUCAAGGCCUGCAUGUUGGACUUCGAUGCUUAUGGGAUCCACAGCAUGACAACUAUGUUUCUGAAUCAUAUGAAACAACACAGUUCAUUGCUUUGACAUGUGUGUAUGGCAUCUACCAUGAUUAAUGCUUUCCAUAG